AUGGAGCUCGGAGUCCGCAUCGUCCUGGCUGUGCUCGUCCACCAGGUGGCUCCUGUGGGCGGCCAACAGGACGCAGGCCACGAGGGCUGUGUACCCGGCUUCCAGGUCAAACAAUACCAGGUGGCGUUCAGCGGAGCUUUCCAGAAAGGCCAGCCGCUCGUACAAGUCGAGUUUGACGACUGCGCGGCAAACGAGGACGUGACGUUCGAGGUGUCGGACCCCAGCUUCCAGGUGGACGGGGAUUUGAACCUGGUUCCAAGUGAAGACGUUCCAUACAGCGGGCCGCUCCUCAUCAUCCACGGAGUCAGUGCACACGCAGACGACCUGGCAGAGGUGGAAAUCUCUGGGCUGCCGGGCGAGUCAACGCACAGACUCAGGAACAUCCUGGGUAUUGGCCAGACGCUGCCAUCCAGACAGAAGAGAACCCUGCUGGUUCCUCCCAUGAUCGUGACCGAGAACCAGAGAGCUCCGUUCCCCAGGACCAUUGGCAAGUCUCACGUGAUUUUAUCAGAGUUAGGGAACCACAUCUUCCGACUGACAGGCCCAGGUGCUGACCAGGAUCCCAGAGGUCUCUUCAUCAUUGACAUCGACUCAGGCGAGGUGUCAGUCAGCCGCUCACUGGACCGGGAGGCCAUUGACUCCUACCAGCUGGGAGUAUCAACCACAGACUUCGCUGGAAACCUUGUGGAUGGUCCCGCCUUGCUACUGAUCACUGUCAUCGACCAAAACGACAACCGGCCCAUCUUCAAAGAGACGCGCUACUCUGGAGAGGUGCUGGAGGGCUCCCCCACAGGGACCACGGUGAUGAGGAUGACGGCGCUGGACGCAGACGACCCGGCCACGGACAACGCCGCGCUGCGAUACAACAUCGUCCGGCAGUCGCCCGACAAACCGUCGCCCAACAUGUUCUACAUCGACGCCGAGAAAGGCGACAUCGUCACCGUCAUCUCGCCGACGUUACUUGACAGAGAGACGCUGCCGACCACGACGUACGAGUUGGAGAUCGUGGCCAAGGACAUGGCAGGAAGUGAAGUGGGCCUAACGGGAACAGCCACAGCUACCAUCACCAUCACGGACAAGAACGACCACGCCCCUGAAUUCACACAUCCGCUGUUUGAGGCGUCUGUGUACGAGGGUUCGACGGGCGUCGUGGUCAACCUCACAGUGGACGACCGGGACGAUCCGGCCACGGAGGCGUGGAGAGCCAUCUACUCUAUAAUUAACGGAGAUCCUACGCAGAGCUUUGAGAUCCACACCAAUCCAGACAACAACGAGGGAAUGCUGUCUGUCGUCAAGCGCCUGGACUACGAGGCCACGGCGUUCCACACGCUACUCAUCAAGGUGGAGAACGAGGAGCCCCUGGUUCCCGGGGUGGGCUACGGCCCCUCCUCCACCGCCACCGUCCACGUCACCGUCCUGGACGUCAACGAGGGUCCCGUGUUCCUCCCCGAUCCCCUGGUCGUCACCAGGAUGGAGAACAUCCCCGUGGGCAGCUUCGUGGCCUCGCUCAACGCCACGGACCCAGACAUACUGAAGAUGCAGAGCGUCAGGUAUGCUGUUCUGAGAGACCCAGCAGGCUGGCUGAGUGUGAACCCGGUCAGAGGAACUGUCAACACCUCGUCCUCGCUGGACCGAGAGUCUCCGCAUGUCCACCACAACAAAUACACAGCUGUCUUCAUCGCCACAGACAACGGAAAUCCUCCAGCCACAGGUACCGGCACGUUGAUCAUCUACCUGGAAGACUACAAUGACAACGCCCCCUACGUGGUCCCAUCGGAAGCACAAGUGUGUGAAGACACCCACGAUAUGAACGUGGCCAUAGUUGGGGGACGGGACCUGGACCUUCCCCCCAACGGAGCCCCCUUUAAGAUAGAGCUGGGGAAAGCACCGGGUCUGGAUAAAACAUGGAAAGUUACGAGAGUCAACUCCACACAUUCCCAAAUCAUGCUUUUGCAAAAUCUGAAGAAAGCCAACUACCAGCUUCCGCUGGUCAUCACCGACUCAGGGGUCCCCCCUUUGUCCAACAGCACAGAGAUCAAAGUGCAGGUGUGCGUCUGUAAGAAGAACAAGAUGCACUGCAGCUCGGCCCACUCCCACCGCCACAGCCUCGGGGGGCUGCUCGCCACACUCCUGCUCACCCUACUCUGUAAGUACCAUCACCACCACCAGACCCAGGAUACUAGUUCAUCAAUCUGA